UAGGAAGACGAAAGGUUGAAGGGAAGACGAGAGGGUGGGGGCUGUUCUUCAAGGACUGGGGCAGCCUCUCCCUCCCUCCAUUCCUCUCCUCAGCAUCCUUCGCCACAGAGAGAGGUGUCGCUCGCUGCAUGGAGGAGAGCAAGGCGGGCGCCGAGUCCUCGCCUAGCGGAGCGCAGCAGCGGCGCCUGGCAACCUCUCCGCCCUUCCCCCCGGGCCUUGUUUCUCCUUCCACCCCUCGCGCAGGUGCCCUGCUGCGGACGGCGUUGCUGGAGCUCUCUGUGUGAAACCUCUCCUGUGAAAACAAGCUCAAGAUGACCAGCUCAGCCAGGGAACAUCUGCUUUUUGUGCGACGGAGGAAUCCCCAGUUGCGAUACACACUGAGCCCUGAGAACCUCCAGAGUCUGGCAUCUCAGGGCACCAUGCCUGAGAACAUGAACCUUCAGCGUGCUAAUAGUGACACUGACCUAGUGACAUCUGACAGCCGCUCUAGUUUGACUGCAAGCAUGUAUGAAUACACCCUAGGGCAGUCUCAGAACCUCAUCAUUUUCUGGGAUAUUAAAGAAGAAGUGGAUCCCACAGACUGGAUAGGACUUUAUCACAUUGAUGAGAAUUCACCAGCAAACUUCUGGGACUCCAAGAACCGUGGUGUGACCGGAACGCAGAAAGGACAAAUUGUAUGGCGAAUUGAACCUGGCCCCUAUUUCAUGGAACCUGAAAUAAAGAUCUGCUUUAAAUACUACCAUGGUAUAAGUGGAGCCCUGCGAGCAACAACUCCAUGUAUCACUGUGAAAAACCCUGCUGUGAUGAUGGGGGCAGAGGGCACUGAAGGUGGUACGGCAAGCCAGCACUCCCGAAAAUUAGUUAGCUUUACACUCUCAGACAUUCGGGCAGUUGGACUUAAGAAAGGAAUGUUCUUCAAUCCUGACCCUUACUUAAAGAUGUCCAUUCAGCCUGGGAAAAAGAGCACAUUUCCUACAUUUGCUCACCAUGGCCAGGAAAGGCGGUCUACUAUCAUCAGUAACACAACAAAUCCUGUUUGGCACAGAGAGAAAUAUUCUUUCGUAGCACUUCUAACAGACGUCUUGGAAAUUGAAAUCAAAGAUAAAUUUGCAAAGAGUCGGCCGAUCAUCAAGCGUUUUCUUGGGAAGCUUACUAUACCAGUCCAGAGACUACUGGAAAGGCAUGCAAUAGGAGACCAAAUUCUCAGCUACAACCUUGGCAGAAGGCUUCCAGCUGACCAUGUAAGCGGCUACCUUCAGUUCAAGGUAGAGAUUACAUCUACGAUCCAUGAAGAUUCUUCACCGGAAGCUGUGGGGACGCUGCUGGGAGUAAACUCUGUAAACGGAGAUUUAGGGAGUCCUUCUGAUGAUGAAGAUGUGCCUGCGGGGCAUCAUGACCCACCUCCAGUUUGCUCAAACGGCCCGAUUCUUGAAGAAUCAACUGGAGAUGCCAUCACAAGGCAUUCUCUCAGGACUAGUACAACUCUGGAAACGGACCAGGAAGAUCUCACUUCUGCAGCUUCCAGGUCAUCUCCUCCCAGAGGCCGCCAGGACUCCCUGAACGACUACUUGGAUGCAAUAGAGCAAAGCAGUCACUCUAGGACUGGGGCAUCCAUUUGCAACGAGCGAACUGUUGGGCCAUCCCCAAAAUUGAGGAGCAGCUUCCCUACAGACACUAGACUUAAUGCUAUGCUUCACAUUGACUCCGACGAAGAGGAGCAUGAAUACCACCAAGGUUUGGGGUUCCAGUCAUCGCUGGAUGACGACGAUGGCGGCGGGUUAGUCAUGCUGAAUGGUGCUGCCAGGAAUGCUGAAGCGACUUGCUUAAACUGUUCGCCGAGCCAGACCGCACAAAGCCAGGGGGGCCUCGAGGAAAGCGAGAGAGCUCCAGAAGAGGAAAUGCCAUUGCUACCUUCUGAUGGCCAGCAGGAGACCUCUGAAAGGCUUCCUGAAGCAGAGCCGGCGGGAGAGGAAACUGAGACUCCUCAAGAGCCUCAGGAUGACGGACCAGUUGACACGCCUGGCAGUGAAAUUUGUAACCCCCAAGAGGCAGAGCAGCAGCCUGCCACCGAGAUGGACACAGGAGCUCCCGAGUCUGCUCCUGCAGGCAGAAGAGAAAUUAGGGAGGCUGAAUCCGUCGACCAGGGAUCAGAACCUUCUCAGUUUUCGUCAGAAACUGAGCCGAGCGACGCUGCGCGUACGGAGAGUGUAAGUGAAUCGAGCACCAGGCCGGAGGGAGAAAGUGACGUGGAAGGGGCCGACGCCUCGUGCAACGAAUGCACGGCUCCCCGACUGUCGUCUGUCGACACGCAGUGCUCUUCCUUUGAAAGCGCCCGGUUUCCUGAGACGCCGACCUUUUCUCCCCAGGAGGAGGAAGAGGGAGCUUGCGCCAUGGAUGCUGCCAGCAGCGAGCCCGCCCCAGAGACCCAGGAAGUUGUGUGCACUCAGGCCUUUUUGCCCGUGGUGAACAUACCGAGCGCCCCAGAGGAGGGGCAGCUGCCUGAAGCCAGUGGGCUGCAGGAUGAUGAGGCCGAGGAGAUCUGGCAGAGGAGGCAGAGCCUGCAGGCCGCAGCUGCACGUGGGCAGCUUCAGGAGGAAGGGGCUGCAGGGGUGCAGGCUGCUUGCGAGGGAGAUGCUGCCCAGGUGGAUGGAGCCACGGGAGGUUCCCAAACUAAUGGGCACCAGCCUCUUAGAACUCUUCCCUCGGUUCGUCAGGACGUUAGUCGCUACCAGAGAGUGGAUGAGGCCCUGCCGCCAAAUUGGGAGGCACGCAUUGACAGUCACGGGAGGAUAUUCUACGUGGACCACGUGAACAGGACGACAACGUGGCAACGUCCCACAGGUCCCCCGGCCCAACAGAUCCUUCAGCGUUCCAACUCCAUACAGCAAAUGGAGCAACUGAAUCGCAGGUACCAGAGCAUUCGACGGACAAUGACUAAUGACAGACCGGAAGAGCACCCAAAUUCUAUGGAUGUACCUGGAGAGGAUGCAGACUUCCAGCAGCCUAAUGCAGAUUUCCGAAGGGAGAAUGUGCUGCCUCAUUCUACCUCCAGAUCCAGGCUUACUCUACUGCUACAAUCUCCCCCCGUGAAAUUCCUUAUCAGCCCAGAAUUCUUCACAGUGCUGCAUUCUAACCCUAGUGCCUACCGCAUGUUUACAAACAAUACGUGUCUGAAGCACAUGAUCACCAAAGUCCGGCGGGAUACCCACCAUUUCGAGCGCUACCAGCAUAAUCGAGAUUUGGUGGGCUUCUUGAAUAUGUUUGCCAACAAGCAGCUUGAGUUGCCGAGGGGCUGGGAAAUGAAGCACGAUCAUCAGGGCAAGGCUUUUUUUGUCGACCACAAUUCCCGCACCACGACGUUCAUCGACCCACGGCUUCCUUUGCAAAGCAGCAGGCCGACUAGUGCAUUGGUCCACCGGCAACAUUUGACGAGGCAGCGCAGCCACAGUGCUGGUGAGGUAGGAGAGGAUUCCCGCCAUUCAGGACCUCCUGUUUUGCCAAGGCCAUCAAGCACGUUCAACACAGUUAGCAGGGCUCAAUACCAGGACAUGGUUCCUGUGGCUUACAACGACAAGAUUGUCGCCUUUCUGCGACAGCCCAAUAUCUUCGAAAUUCUGCAGGAGCGGCAACCAGAUCUUACCAGGAAUCAUUCACUCAGGGAGAAGAUCCAGUUUAUUCGGACUGAAGGGACUCCGGGACUCGUGCGCCUGUCCAGUGAUGCAGACCUUGUCAUGUUACUAAGUUUAUUUGAAGAGGAAAUAAUGUCAUACGUACCACCGCAUGCCUUACUUCAUCCCAGUUAUUGCCAGUCCCCACGAGGCUCCCCGGUGUCCUCUCCUCAAAACUCUCCAGGUACUACACGUGCUAAUGCUCGAGCUCCUGCUCCAUAUAAAAGAGAUUUUGAAGCCAAGCUGAGGAAUUUCUACAGGAAGCUGGAGACUAAAGGAUACGGACAAGGCCCAGGGAAAUUGAAAUUAAUUAUCAGGAGAGACCAUUUGCUGGAAGAUGCCUUCAACCAAAUUAUGGGUUAUUCAAGAAAGGACCUGCAAAGAAAUAAACUGUAUGUCACAUUUGUCGGAGAGGAAGGGCUGGACUACAGUGGACCUUCACGGGAGUUUUUCUUCCUGGUAUCAAGAGAACUCUUCAACCCAUAUUACGGCUUGUUUGAAUAUUCAGCCAACGAUACUUACACUGUGCAAAUAAGCCCCAUGUCUGCCUUUGUGGAUAAUCACCAUGAAUGGUUCAGGUUUAGUGGUCGAAUCCUGGGUCUUGCUCUAAUACACCAGUAUUUAUUAGAUGCCUUCUUCACACGACCAUUUUAUAAAGCCCUCCUCAGAAUACUGUGUGACCUGAGUGACUUGGAAUACCUUGAUGAGGAGUUCCACCAGAGUUUGCAGUGGAUGAAAGACAACGAUAUACAUGAUAUCCUAGAUCUCACAUUCACUGUAAAUGAAGAAGUCUUUGGACAGAUUACGGAACGAGAAUUGAAGCCUGGGGGUGCCAACAUCCCAGUCACAGAGAAGAACAAGAAGGAAUAUAUAGAGAGGAUGGUGAAAUGGAGAAUCGAGAGAGGUGUUGUGCAGCAAACAGAGAGUCUAGUGCGUGGCUUUUAUGAGGUUGUUGAUGCGAGGCUGGUCUCUGUAUUUGAUGCAAGAGAAUUGGAGCUGGUUAUUGCUGGCACGGCAGAAAUCGACUUAAGUGACUGGAGAAACAACACCGAAUACAGAGGAGGAUAUCAUGACAAUCAUAUCGUAAUUCGAUGGUUCUGGGCUGCUGUAGAAAGAUUCAACAAUGAACAGAGACUCAGGCUAUUACAGUUUGUUACAGGCACAUCUAGUAUACCUUAUGAAGGUUUUGCUUCUCUGAGGGGGAGCAAUGGACCGAGAAGAUUCUGUGUAGAAAAAUGGGGGAAGAUCACUGCUUUGCCCAGAGCUCACACGUGUUUCAAUCGUCUUGAUCUCCCACCAUACCCAUCGUUUUCCAUGCUGUAUGAGAAGCUGUUGACGGCCGUUGAAGAAACAAGCACAUUUGGACUCGAGUAAAACACAAACCUUAGUGCCCAGCAUCUUGGACCUUUCGUGGACUGUUCCUCAAAGAAUACACGAAUGCCCGUAUUGCAUUUCCUGGAGGAAAACUUGUUUUGCAAUACAGUUUUUGUGUGAUGGAAUUUCGUGAGUGAGCAAGGCUAGAUUGGGGAGCCCUUACAAGCUCUGAAACAUUCACACAAGUACAUAGCAAGGGAUGUAGUCUGUAGGGGGACGCCUACAGUUCUCUAAUUGACCUCUUUCUUUCUUUUCUUUUGACCACCAAACUUUAAUGUUUAGUAUAAUUUAAGAAUAAAGAGGCACGACAACAAGUUGUUGAGCAGCAUCAGGGCUACAGCAUAAAUCUUCCCUAUCUCAAAAACGGAUUACACCCAAGUAUUUGAACAGAGUUCAAGAUGGCAUACAAAGUUUUUUUCUUUUAGUAGGAAGUCAAGUGAAAAAUGCUGGUGUGCGUGGUUUUUAAUAUGAUAGAAGCUAAUUCCCAAUGGUACACUACUUUAUGUCAUAUACAAUACAGUACUAAAAUAUCCUAUACCUGCUUUACCUAAGACUUCGAGUGCCUGCAUGGUGUGCACCGUAAAGAUCAAAUUUUCUGGGGCUUAAUAUGAAGGAAGUGGGCAGCAAGAAUGACUUGCAGUUAGGUAGGUUGUACAAAUGUAUAUGCAAAUAGUGUCUUUGGCAGAAGAUGAGCUACUGUAAGAGAAAAAUGAUUGAUUUAAUGCUUUAUACUGCAUGAAAAGUGUUCCUUUUUUAAAAAAAAAAAAAACAACAACUACUAGACUUUACCACAGCAUAUCAGGAAAAAAAAAAACCUCUUACACAGUAACUUUUGUUUAUUUUUGUAAAAUCAUGAUAUUGAUUUCCUUAAAUUGUAAAUAAGAAAAUAGAGGACAAAAUACCUUUUUUUUUUUUUAGUUCUUUUCACUUUUCCAUGCUUAAAUAGAUAUUGUUCUUGUGUUUGAUUCUAUAAGCACUCUCAAGGGAUACAUACAUAUAUAAAUAUAAAUAUAAAUAUAUAUAUAUGCCUUUUAUUUUUAUAAGGGUAAGAUAUUCCCGAAACUAUUUUUUGCACUGAAUGUACCAAAGUCAAAGGGACAUUGUGAUCUGACUGGCAGAAAACUGCAUCACUCGUACAAACCUGUAAGAAGUAGCUGCUUUAAGAAACAGAGCUUUCUUCACAGUGCCAUGUCUGUAGAUAAUAUCAGGACUGUGCACAUUAAGUAAUAAUCUUUUUAAGGCUCACUACAUGUAUAAUGUGUAAUAUGCAUUUAUUUCAAAUGUAUUUUUAUUUGUUUUGGUUUUUCUUUUUUCAUCCAUUAACUAACUUUAUGGAAUAGUGUUGAAGACAGAUAUUUCGUAUUUUCCCUGCAAACAUUUUUCUUUUGUAUAGCACUCUUACAAGCACUACAGAGGAUCUGUAAAAGAAAAGAAAACACACAAGAUGGUCAGCACCUAAAAAGGAUGAACCUUCGCUUAGGAACCUUCACUCACGUUUAGCAGCGAACCAUCUCCAAGAUGUAAACCGUUUCUAGUGUCUUUCUAAGCCUGCAUUUUCACUGAGUAGUUUUCUUAAACAAUGUUUAUUAAAAUGAAGUACUUUUUUCUAUGAUAUAUCUGAAAGCAUGAAUCCACCAUUGUCAAACAAGCAUUUAAUUUCAGAAACAUUAAAAGGUUUGAGCCUAUUCCUCGCAAGAA